ACCCUUUCUCCGUAUGCCCGCCACCCCACGAGCGCUCGGGCUAGUUUGCCAGGCAGCACCAUCCCCGAUCCUCGCAAGGAGUACUCAGCAUCCCCAGCGCUUGCGAGAAUCCUGUUCCACUGCCGCCAUGUGCCCGCUCCAGAAUUCGUUUUCGCUGUUUUUUUGACUUUGCAUUUUCCCCAGGUUCAAGAGCCGACUCUCACCGCCUUUCACGCGCCCCUUCACUUCCGCAAACCGCGACCUCAGAUAACACACACCGCCAUCAUGGGUCUUACAUUCUCAAAGUUGUUCGACAAGCUGUGGGGAAAGAAGGAGAUGCGUAUCCUUAUGGUUGGUUUGGACGCUGCCGGAAAGACCACGAUUCUGUACAAGCUCAAGCUUGGUGAAAUCGUUACCACCAUCCCCACCAUCGGAUUCAACGUCGAGACCGUCGAGUACAAGAACAUCCAGUUCACUGUGUGGGAUGUCGGAGGUCAGGACAAGAUCCGACCUCUGUGGAGGCAUUACUUCCAGAACACCCAGGGUAUCAUCUUCGUCGUCGACUCCAACGAUCGUGACCGUGUCGUUGAGGCGCGCGAGGAGUUGCAGCGCAUGUUGAACGAGGACGAGCUGAGGGAUGCCAACUUGUUGGUGUUCGCCAACAAGCAGGAUUUGCCCAACGCCAUGAACGCUGCCGAGAUCACUGAUAAGCUCGGUCUUCACUCGCUCCGCCAGCGUGCCUGGUACAUCCAGUCCACCUGCGCCACGAGCGGUGAUGGUUUGUACGAGGGCCUCGAAUGGCUGAGCAACACGCUCCGCAAGGCCGGCCACGCUUAG